CAUAAAGUGAUCAUACUUGGAAUAUAAGAAGAGUCUACGGAGACCUUCCAUGGGAUUGCGUUUGAGGCCCCUAUGCUUAAGGAAAAGCUUGCAUCAAGGAUUCUUCAUUUUGGGAUAGUUCCUUUGCUUGCCUACCAUGAUGCUUUGAAUCAGCAUGCGACUGGAAACUACUAUUUUGUGUCACCGUAUUUUGAGGGAGGAGCUCUCUUGACUGCAAUCAAAGAAGACAAUGCAAUACUCAGAGAUUUCACAGACAGACCUUUAAGAAUGGGUCACAAAACGAGAUUAAAGAUUAUCUACCAAGUGGCUUCUGCAAUUAGUUAUCUGCAUACCCCUGUAGGGGACUUCAGGAACGAUGUGUUGCAUAUGGACAUAAAGUCCCCAAACAUUGUGCUGGAUUUGAUGCAUAACGCAAGGUUGAUCGAUUUUGGAUUAGCAAGAGAGAUGAAGGAGCCCAACGACUUACUCUUGCAUACUGAGAGCACACUUCGCGGAACUCCUGGUUACUUUCCAACAUCAAAGUUUAAAAAUUUGACCAAGUUCCAUGACUACUACAACUUUGGAGUCGUGAUACGAGAACUGCUAACUGGACUCCACCCAAAAGAAAGUGUUGAUGGUAAAAUUUUACGGAAAAUGGAUGACAGUGUCUUGAAGGACAAAAUUCAGAAGAAGAUCUGGAGAAAUGACGAGCUUUCUGCUGCCUUGCUGACCUUGGCGAAUGAUUGUGUGAAAAGCACAAAACAGCAAGCAGCAGCAAACACUUUCAAGAUCUCCGAUAUGCUUAUAGAACUUGAUUCACUAAUACGCGAUAAAAAUGCAGAAAAGUGGACAGGACCUCCAGCGGAAGAAUGCGAAAAGUGCGAAGUGUGUGUUGUUAAUAAUUGUGGUGAGAUAUGUUUUUACAAUUCAACUCGAAAAGAACAAUGUCACAACAAUGCUAUGUUGAUCGAUUUUGGAUUAGCAAGAGAGAUGAAGAAGCCCAACGACUUACUCUUGCAUACUGAGAGCACACUUCGCGGAACUCCUGGUUACUUUCCAACAUCAAAGUUUAAAAAUUUGACCAAGUUCCAUGACUACUACAACUUUGGAGUCGUGAUACGAGAACUGCUAACUGGACUCCACCCAAAAGAAAGUGUUGAUGGUAAAAUUCUACGGAAAAUGGAUGACAGUGUCUUGAAGGACAAAAUUCAGAAGAAGAUCUGGAGAAAUGACGAGCUUUCUGCUGCCUUACUGACCUUGGCGAAUGAUUGUGUGAAAAGCACAAAACAGCAAGCAGCAGCAAACACUUUCAAGAUCUCCGAUAUGCUUAUAGAACUUGAUUCACUAAUACGCGAUAAAAAUGCAGAAAAGUGGACAGGACCUCCAGCGGAAGAAUGCGAAAAGUGCGAAGUGUGUGUUGUUAAUAAUUGUGUUAAAGAAAGCAAGUAUCUGGAUCAUGAACUAUUAUGUCAGAAGAAAAUCAACGUGUGUGCGUCUUGCAUGAGAAAUUCAUUUUUGAAUCCCAUCAUGUGUCACACUUGUGGAAAUAAGGUGCGACCAUUCAUUGGGGAAAACUGGGGAGCCAUUUUGAUAGCGGGGAAUGACAAGAGACACGAUGUAGCAGAGUCCUUUACAAGGGAUAUAUUAAGACUCAGAGAUGUUAUCACAAGCAGAAGUGUUCCGGUCAUGUGUAUCAGGAAAGAGAAGAUUGAAGUCGUAGCACCAAUAAAACCAGGAAAUGAAGACAAUGAGAUGUGGAUCAAAAUCCAACUUGCUUUCAGAAAACUAAAAGAGCAAAAUAUCACAACUCUUAUAGUGGCCUACUCGGGUCAUCAUGGGCUCCAGCCUAAACAAAAAGCAGAGGGCAAAAAAGAUACAGAUCAAUCCAAAAAUGGUCUUGAGCGGAGUGGGCCAGAAAAACCAGUUAUUGUACCAGAAGAGGGCAUCUUCAAUCUGAGUGAAAAUGAAUCAAUGAAAGAUGUUGAUUUGUGCAAUGAAAUACAGCAGUUAACAACUGUUCACAAAGUUCUUGUAUUUGAAGACUGUUGUCAUGGUGAUGCUAUGACACAUGCAUUGAAGGGCAAAAAGGUAGUGCAGUUCAACAGUAGUACUACGGGGACAAAAUCAUUGGUUAACUUUAGUCAGAAAAAAAGCCAGUUUAUUGAUGCACUAAUAAAAGCACUUACGGCAACCGAUGACAAGAAACAUGAACUGUACCAACACCCGAACUGCCAGCGCUGUGUAAAAACUGCCGACGAACUAUUCAAGAAAACCUUUCUGACAUUGGAAACUUUGCAUACAUUUAUUACAAAUUAUAUUGAUCACUUUCAAAGUACUGGAUUGGAGAGUGAUGGCCAUCCGACAUCGUCAACACAGGGUAUAUUGGAAAAAGACUCCAUUUUGGCAUACCGAUACCAUUUCCCGGUUAACUUUCAAUUCAAGAUAAAGAAAUCAAAAGCUGUAGAAAAUAAGACUGAACCAAUUUUCCUGAAUGAAUAUGAAAAUUUGCUAAAGCUGAAGGAAUUCUUAUUAUGGAAACUAUUAGGUGAUGAUGAUACUUCCAAAUACCUCAUUGAAAAAGAAGAUCAAUUAAAGGUCUAUGCCGCUGUUGUUAGCAUACAGGUAGAAACGGGACCUAGAGAAGUCCAUUUGAAUGAGAUUUAUUCUCUUGAACAGGCCUCUGCAGCCUGGAUAUCUCGAAGGGAACUGAUUGCACAAAUUCGAAAUGUUACGAAAAUAGACUUUCAGAACUAUGCGGCUGACAUCGUGUCGCCAAACGAGGUUGAAGUCAUAUUCAAGGAAUUGCAAGUGCCAGAACAUUGCUCUUAUAUCCUGUCAGAGGAGCAAGUGAAGUUUGUAAUAGACGCAAAUAUUCUUCAACGUUAUGUCGAACAAGUCCAUGGAAAACUAGAACGUUUUGGCAUCAGCAAAUCCCUGGAUCAUAUACGCACAUUCCUUGACAAACAUGAGGAUGUUUCAAAUGUGAAAGUUCACAUUGUUCUUCCAAAAAUAAAUGUCAAUGGUAAACGUCAAUUCGGGCCAUUAAUUUGUUAUCAGCUGCAGAGACCAAGUGCGGAAAUGGAAAGCUAAAUGUCCAAACGGCACGUGCCUUCUACAAAUUAACAUCACAUACACAGAUGCAAUCGCCCAAAACGUUAAUUGCGAUUUCCAUGUCAGUUCCUCUAUGUAUGUGUCCAUUGUUAAAUGUCUGUAAUGUUAGACUUAGAUGAGCGAAUUUAGAUAAGUUCUGUGUUCUCAAUAAAAUCGCCAUCGCAUGAAUUAUUUAAAACAUUAGAAUGGCUUCAAUUUGAAUACCGUUGCAGAUAUCAAACGGCUGUUAUGGUAUAUAAAUAUAUUAAUAAUUUUACACAGAGUUAUAUAAGAGACAUUAUUCAGAUAUCUAGCAAUACAAUAUAUGGAUUACGAUCUUCUACGCGACUAGACAUUGCUCACAUUCGACAUAAAACACAAUACAAGAAACACUCUUUUGCAUGCUACAGUGGGAAAGUUUGGAUUUUUUUACCAGAAGAAAUAAGUAAAUCUAACACGGAACAGACAUUUAAAGCCUGCUGCAAGAAGUUCUUUUAACACUAUCAAUCCCAAAAAAAAACGUUGUAAAAAUUGUAACUUAAUUCCAUGCAUAGCACUAGUAUAGUUUAUACAUUAAGUAUAUGUUAAGUAAGGUGUUAUAUGAAUGUGUGACUGUCCUACUUACUCAGUUAAACAAUUUUGAUGAGAUUUCUUGUUCACAUUUAGGUACACAUAGAUGUAUUGUUAAGAAUUAAUGUGUUAAUUGAAUGUAUUAUAUUCAUGUUUCUUUAUGUUUUUGUAUGACAUUUUAAUACGUACCUUUUUAAAAUGACAAUUUUUUUGCUUACAAUUCCAUUCUAAGCAUUUUUACACGUCUGCGCGAUCAUUUUUUCCAGUUGUAGGCCGUGAUGAAAAAAAAUGUAAUUAUGCUUAUGUAUAAAUAUUUUUUCGGUACUGCUGAAAUGUGUUUUCUCAUUUGUGUGUGGAGUAUUAUUUGCAUUACUUCUUUUUAGUGUGUGUGUGUGUGUGUUCUUUCAGAAGGCCGCAUUGUAAAUAAGACGUGUGUUAUGUAUAUUUAUAAUAUGAUGCCUAUGUCUUAAUGUGUUACUUUCUUUUAAUAAAGUUAUUACCUUA